CGAACGUAAAGCUGUAUACACGCACUGGGAAACUGAUUUCUUGCAUAGCGCGCGUCUCGACAGCUCGCCAAGCUCUCUCCCUGCUCCGAACACGCCGCGAACCCCACAAUUAUCGCGUGCUUUAGGAGAGACUGUCGCGCCUUGAGCGGCUCUGCAGGGGCCGGGCGCUCGAGCGAUCAAGAGGAGCGUCGUGCGCCAGCCCCGCCCUUCGCGUCCUGUCACCUUCCACAAUGCUCCUCCGGUUGCGGCAGGCGCUGCCGCUGCUGCAGACCUUCAACAGGUGGUCUGCAAUAGCACCUAUCCCCAGAUUCCGCAGCUUCCCCGCUGCCUCGUCUGCCGCUGAUAGCGACAGCGCCCUGCCAGCGGUAGACGGUGCCAGCGGCGAGCCGCCCAAGCCCAAACGCACUCGCCGGGCAACCUCCGCGGCCGCCGCCGUGCCCAGCGGCAGCAGCGAUGAUGUACCAGUGGCAAAGAAGCGGGCUAGCCGCAAGACCGCUGCCACUGACAGCGCGACUGAGGCAGGGCUGGACCCCUCGUCUGGGCCGAGUGAGGACGACGCCGAGGCGGCAGCGGCUGUGCCCAAGAAGCGUGCCUCGUGCCGCAAGGCGCAGGCUGCCGAGCCGGGCGAAGAGGCCGCUGCUUCAGCAUCCGGAGUAGCAGAGGUUGGAGGUGAUAGCGCAGCUGCAGCAAAGCCAAAAGUUACGCGCACGCGUCGCACUAAGGUAGCAGCCGAGACAGUUGCAGAGGGGGGCCCGGAAGCGGCGGCGGCUCCUGAUGGGGAACUGCAGGCGCCCAAGAAGCGCGUAUCCAGACGCAAAGCUGCCGUGAAAUCAUCAUCCCAGGAGGAUGGAGAGGAGGAGAGCAUUACCAUACGGAGCCUGCCGUACGAGGAGUGCCUCGUGCUACCGCGCCAGGCUGAGGCGCUGCUGGUGGUGCUGGGGCUGCGGCCGCCCGCCUACACACACGAGCCCGCGCCCGAGGGCUCCUCCUCCGCUUCCACCUCCUCCUCCCGACGCGCUUCCGCGCCUGGCACGCCGCUGCGCAACGUGCUGGAGCUGGCGGAGUUUGAGGGGCGGCCCAAGCUGGACCGGUAUGCGGAGCCGCUGCUGCUGGCCCAGUACCAGGGGCUGCUGGGUGACAGCCCCGACUACCUGUACGACAUGUUCCUGCUGGAUGCGGGCCCGCCGCACCUGGACAGUGAUGUGAUGCGCGCGGCGGCGGUGGAGGCGGCCCGCGCCGUGGGGCAGGCCUCGGGCCGGACCAACAAGGCCGUGUAUGCGCGCGUGUGGGCCAACCUGGAGGCCAAGGUAGGGCCGGACGAGCUUUACAAGCAGGAGCGGAGGCUGACGGACGCUCAGAUUGAGCUGUUUCUGCUGGACUGGUCGUCCUCGCUGAUCGCCGGGCAGGGCCAAGCCAAUACGCGCACCUACCUGGCCCAGCGCUGCGCCGCCCUGACGCUCAAGUCCUCGGUGAACAUUGAGCGACUCCACCUGUACGCCAACAAGGGUUACAACCUAUUGGACCUCAAGGUCCUGGCGGGUGUGAGCAUCAAGACGCCCAUGUCAGCGCUGCUUGACGGACUCAAGGCCGGCGUGGCGCUGCCGCGGCAGCGCCUGCUGGACGACUUCAGACUGGGGGAGGACACGGGCCUGGGCUCUCGGCUGCACGAGCUCUUCCGGCUGGUGCGCAGCCACGCCGCCGACUCGGCCGAGCCGGGCAGCUCCAGCUACUACAACACACUGCGCGGCAAGCUGAACACUAUGCCCGAGGUGGCGGCGAUGGUGCGCGAGCAGGAGCGGCGCUGGCAGACGGAGACGUCCGGCAGCGGCGAGGACCUGACCACCAACCAGCUGCGGCUGCUGUUCCACCUGGAACGCCUGGACCGCUUCAAGGCCGAGUACCAGGCGCGACUUGCAGAGCAGCAGCAGCCGCAGGCGGCGGGGUCCGGGCAGGGACAGGCUGUUCCGCCAGGGGGCUUUUCUGCAUGAGGUGCGUGAGGCUAAUGUUUUGUUGUUUUGGUGAAGCCUGUUGAUCUAGGCAGCGGGUCCAGCAGUGGCAGCAUGCAUAUGCGUGGCGAAGGGGGAGGGCAAGGCCACGUGGAGGCGAGCGCGGCGCCGCCCGAGAAGCGGCGCCGGCGCGGAGGUUGAGACCUGCUGGUGUCUGGUUUGCGGUACUUGCUGGUGAGUACAGCGUGGCACGGUGUAUGGUAGGUUUGUUGCUUGCUGUGCUUGUGCUUGACAGCGGGACCUGGCUGGAUAUAUGGCGGGCGGUGCCUGGACGAACCGACCAUGGGUAUGUUUGGGAGAUGAGGUGUUUUUGAGCGAUCGGACCGCGCCGUAUGUGGCAGUGUGGCAGAUACACCGUAGCAGGGGCUAGGUGUGCGGAAACCACAUGCUCUUUGUGUGGUGCGCUUAAGUCCUUGGCUCCUUGCCUGGGCCGGACUGGAAUAGAGUUGUGGUGACCUUGAGGACACUUGCCAAGGACGAGCGAGGAAGAAUGGAUGCAGUGGCGGCGAGCAGCAUACAACGGGAGAGUCCUGGGCGUCUUGGAGAACAGGAAGGUGGAGUGCAUCCGUGCAAUGGGAUAGGGUAAGGUCCAUGUUGGCGUAGUCCCAUAGUGUGCAGCGCAUUCCCAGACACCAACAUUAAAUUUGCGACGUCAAGGCAAGAGCGCGUGGCUGGUGUAAUGCCGGACUUAC